AUGUCUGAACAAUUACCACAAAUCGAAAUCAUCCAAGAAGGAGACAACAAGACCCUUGCUAAGCCAGGAGAUGUUGUCACCAUCCACUACGUUGGUACCUUAACUAACGGUAAGAAGUUUGACAGUUCCCGUGACCGUGGUAAGCCAUUCACUUGUACCAUUGGUGUUGGUCAAGUUAUUGCUGGUUGGGAUAUCGCCUUGACUAACAAUUUCGGUAAGGGUUUAGCUACUCCUAUUUACAAGGGUUCUAAGGCUGUUUUAACUAUCCCAUCCGAAUUGGCUUACAAGGAUAGAGGAUUCCCUGGUUUGAUUCCUCCAAACUCUACUUUGAUCUUUGAAGUUGAAUUGCUUGAUAUCAAUGCUUAG